AUGAUUCACCUCUACUUGGAAUAUUACUUGAAGCGCUGUGACGAUGGGACAAUCGCCGUUAAAGUCCCUGUUGAAAGCUAUGUAGUCGUGGCGCUGAGCAAAUACCUGCGCCAUCCAGCAAUCGGCGGUGAUCUUCUGGUCAAUUUUGUUCAAUGCAAAACUGGAGUUGAGGAUCGACGUGACAGUGUAUGGUUGAAUUUAACUGAGUACGAGGUUAGCUUCUUUCAAGCUGGCGAAUGGCCUACCACCGCUACCUUUUGUCAAUUGCCGACGCUUAAGAACGAUGCCUGGAUCGUCUCCGGUCUCUGUGGCAUCUGUAGACACAUUACCAAAUUCCAUCAGUCUUACUCGCCUAAUCCUAAGAACAUCCUAGGCUUCAAAGGUAACACUCUGCUGGCGCCCGCCGAGGUGUCCAUGUGGACCAAGUUCUGCGAGGUCGAUGUUGAGGCGUGUGUUCGCGAAGUGCUUCAACUUCCUAGUAGCACAUCCAUAGUCCUUCCAACUGAUCUGGGCAAGCUAGAGAGUCAUCUUGCUCAACCUUUGAAAGUUCACAACAUCUACAAAUUGGUCAACAACGUCCAGAACGUGAAGGUUUCUUCAAGCCAAGAGUACGAAAAGUUGAGCGGCGAGACCAAUCGAUUCAACUUCCACGCCAAUCACAAGUUCGCCGAGGGCUAUGACAAAACCCUUGCCGAUGUGAUCAUCUUCAUCUGCAUCCAUUUGAUAAGCAAACGAAUUCCAAAGGAACGGCUGUUGGAUCACCUACCCAGGAUUGCCAGCUGGUACGAUCGCGUUGUAUCCGACGAUAAUUGUGAGCUGCUGGAAGUUUGCGAAGAGCUUCUUCUGAACGACCAAACUCAGUUGGGUGUGUUGGAAGCGGAACAGCUGGAGGUAGAAGUUCCAACGAGUUUCAGUCUCUACAAGGCGGACACUAAGAAACUGAAUCUGUUGGGUGACAAAGUACUUACCACCAAUCAACCGGAAGUGUUGGGAAUCCUGGAGAAGGUUAAACGCUUGGAUUUGCAGGUGGAGAGUUCGCCGAACGAUCGUGAUGACAACCUGUUCGAAUGGGAUGCAGUUCCGUUGGAUGCCAAACCGGAGGGUGGUAAGCUCCCUACCAAACGCAUCGACCGCAAAAAGCACCAGCUGGAAUGCCUUGCCAACGAGGUAAUCGCUCUGGCCAAACCCGGCGACAUCAUAGUGGACUUUUGCUCCGGAACGGGUCAUCUCGGUAUACUGCUAGCAUUCCUGCUUCCGGAUUGUACCAUCUAUCUGCUGGAGAACAAGGAAGAAUCCCAACAACUGGCGAUGGAUCGUGUCGAGCGACUUAGUCUGAAGAACGUAGUUUACUUCCGCUGCAACCUGGACUAUUUCAAGGCACGGUUCGACAUUGGGGUUUCUCUGCACGCGUGUGGAGUUGCCAGCGAUAUCGUACUGGAAAAGUGCUUUACCCAAAGGGCCAAGUUUGUCUGCUGCCCUUGUUGUUACGGAAAACUGUACGAGUUCGACCGAAUCCGCUAUCCUAGGAGUCGUGUCUUCCAAGAAUCGGAAUUGCUGCUGAAGGAAUACCUGUGCCUGGCCCAUUGCGCUGACCAGACCCACGACUUGGACAACAGCCGGACCAACGUGGAAAAAUCUCACCAAGGCUUCUAUUGCAUGGACAUAAUCGACAAGGACCGCCUAUUGCUGGCCGAAGAACUGGGCUACUCCGUGGUGCAGAAACGACUCAGACCUGAGAAUUGCACACCGAAAAACAGACUUUUAAUAGGGACCCUGUGAAUUACACUUCCGAAGAAACUAUCCUGGAUUUCGUUUUGUCAAAUGCGACGAUAAAUAAAUGUUUAUUCUUACUCAGUA